AUGUUCUAUACCUCUGAUCUUCCAACUUCAAACCUUCAGUGGCUUACAACCCUCGAUGUCCAGAAUCUACCCAGCAGAAACUAUCGUAGGUCUUCCAUCAUUGGUACCAUUGGCCCUAAAACAAACUCUGUUGAAAUGAUUACCAACCUUAGAAAAGCUGGAUUAAACAUUGUCCGUAUGAACUUCUCCCAUGGUGAUUAUGAAUACCAUCAGUCCGUUGUUGAUAACGCUCGCGCUUCUGAAGAACACUUUUCUGGACGUCCCAUUGCAAUUGCUCUCGAUACUAAGGGCCCAGAAAUCCGCACAGGCACUACCAUUGGCAACACUGACUACCCUGUGGAAAAGGGCCAUGAAAUGAUUUUCACCACUGAUGACGAGUAUUCCAAAAAAUGCGACUCAAAUACCAUGUACAUUGACUAUAAAAAUAUCACCAAGGUUAUCCAACCCGGCCGCACCAUUUAUGUCGACGAUGGUGUCCUCUCCUUUGAAGUCCUUGAAAUCCCCGAUGAAAAAACUCUUAAGGUCCGCGCCUUGAAUAAUGGCAAAAUCUCUUCCCACAAGGGUGUCAACCUCCCUAAAACUGACGUUGACUUGCCCGCCCUCUCGGAAAAGGACAAGGCCGACAUUAAGUUUGGCGUUAAGAAUAAAGUCGACAUUAUCUUUGCUUCAUUCAUCCGCACUGCCGCUGACGUGCUGGCCAUUCGCGAGGUGCUUGGCGAGGAAGGCAAGUCCAUUCAAAUUGUCUCCAAAAUUGAAUCGGAACAAGGUGUCAACAACUUUGAUGAAAUUUUAAAAGUCACUGACGGUGUCAUGGUGGCCCGUGGUGACUUGGGUAUCGAAAUCCCUGCAAGUCAAGUCUUUAUUGUCCAAAAACAACUCAUUGCAAAGUGUAACUUGGCUGGUAAGCCCGUCAUUUGUGCUACCCAAAUGCUUGAAUCAAUGACUUAUAACCCUCGCCCUACCCGUGCCGAAGUCUCGGACGUGGGCAAUGCCAUUUUGGAUGGCGCUGACUGUGUCAUGCUUUCAGGAGAAACUGCCAAGGGUGACUACCCCAUCAAUGCCGUCAAUAUGAUGCACGAGACUUGUUUGAUUGCUGAAAAGGCCAUUGCCUACCAACCCCUUUUCCAGGAAUUGCGCUCCCUUGUUCCACGACCAACCGAAACUGGCGAAACCAUUGCCAUUUCUGCCGUUGCUGCUUCCUUUGAACAACAAGCAAAGGCUAUCAUUGUUUUGUCUACCUCAGGUGCCACUGCUCGUCUCUUGUCCAAGUAUCGCCCUAAUUGCCCCAUUCUUAUGGUGACUCGCAAUGAAAAGGUGGCCCGUUUCUCCCACUUGUACCGUGGCGUGUACCCCUUUAUCUACCCCCAACCCCGUGCUGAAACUCCUGCUGACUGGCAACGUGAUGUCGAGGAGCGUCUCAAGUGGGGCAUGGACUCUGCUGUCGAGCUUGGAAUUUUGAACCGUGGCGAUGUCGUUGUGGCUAUUCAGGGCUGGACUGGCGGUCUUGGCCAUACUAAUACUCUUCGCAUUUUGGGUUGUUUUUAA